AUGUCCCGCGACCCUAUCACCUGCCACGUGCUCAACACCCUGACGGGGACCCCUGCGGCCAACCUGCCCUGCACGCUGACCCUUCUGUCCCCCACGCAAUCCGGUGAAACUGCCACAUUUCACGCCACCACAGACUCCGACGGGCGCAUAAAGACCUGGACGCCUUCUUCAUCAUCUUCAACAACUGUACCGGCACUUCUUUCUUCUCUUCCUAGUCCAGACAGCAAAACCAAUUGGGCGAUCCGGUUCGAGGUAGGACCGUGGUUCGAGGCGCAGGGAGUUGAGAGUUUCUGGCCCGAGGUCGAGGUCAAAUUCACCGUUCGUGGCCGUGGUCGCGAGGGUGAGGAGGGAUGGAGACAUUAUCAUGUGCCAGUGCUGCUGGGUCCAUGGAGUUAUUCGACAUAUCGGGGAUCUUGA